CAGAGGACCGACCGACGUUGCAUGCCGCACUGUCCUACCUGACUUAAAUUGAGGAUUUAUUUACAUUGCGAGGUCAGACGUGAGGUAAAGAGGGGGCAGACAGCUGCCUCUGGCCACACCAACCAUGGAAGGUCUCUACUUUGAAGUGAAGCCCAGAAGGCCAGCGAGCUCUGAGAAACCCCGCCCUAGUCUAACUUCUAACCGCCGGUCAUGUCCGUCAUUUUCACAACUCACCUCUUCCACACACAGUCCUCAGAAACUCACCUGUGCUAGGGAGAGGACUGCGACACGGGGGGGACAGGUGGAGGAAGAGGGAGAGGAGGAGGAGGAGGAGGUACGAUACAAAGUGACAUUGAUUGGUUCUCUGCCAGUCCACCACCUCACCACCAUGGCCAUGCUGCCCUGGGUGGUGGCUGAGAUCAGCAGGUCUCGGCCUGCAGAGAAGGAGCCGGGCGCGGGGAUGCGGUCAGCAGGGCCUGGAGUUGGACAGUCGGACCCUCCUACCUCGCACCAGAUGGUUUUUCUAUAUGUGUCAGCAUCAUGGGUGCGAUGUGUGUCCAUUCUGGGAGAGGGAGUUGUCUGGGACCCUCUAACACACACAGUGCUGUUUGAGUGUCGUCCUCACUGGGUGACUAAACUGAUUCACAACAGCCAGGAGCCCAGCAGCUUUGGCUGCCUGGUCAGAGAGACACCGAACUGUGCCUGCUAUGUCUUCCAGUGCCAGGACAGCACCAAGGUCCCUGAGAUCAUCAGUACGCUGAGGCAGGCUGGCAAGAGCUCUGCACGCAACAAUGAUAUCGCCACCAUUUCCAACAAAACUCCCACUGGAGGGAGUGAUCCCUCUGAACCAAGUUGUUCUCAUCUCUCCACAACAACAGCCUCCGUGGCACCCACCGCUGCUAUGUCUCCAACAGCCUUUGCCAAAAAGUUUGAGGUGCUGUUUUGCGGCCGUGUGAGUGUUGCUCACAAGAAAGCCCCGCCCGCCCUCAUUGAUGAGUGCAUCGAGAAGUUUAGCCAGUUACAUGGCUCAGGGACGAAUGAUAAAGGAGGGGCUGGUGGGGGAUUGGUGGGUGGGCUGAGGAGGGCAUUAAACUUCCAAACCAAUGGACUGGGGAGUGGUGCUGUUGGUAAUGGUUCCGCAGGGAGCCCCACCAUCGGCAAACGCCCUGUCCUGUUCAAGCGAGACCCCAGCUUUCCCUGUCUGCAGGCCCUGGAUGAGAAUGGACUCUCACCUGAGAUUUCUAACCCCAACACUACUGAUGCACUUGCCCGCUCUGCUGAAGUACAGCCCACUAGCCUGCAGGAGAACAGGACCAUGCUGUUUACGGUUGGCAGGUCUCAGAUCUUCUUGGUUAGUCCAGACACUAAGAAAGUUGCCAUAGAGAAGAGUUUCAGAGAAAUCUCCUUCUGCUCACAGGGUAUUCGUCACGUGGAUCACUUCGGCUUCAUUUGCAGAGAGACGGUGGAAGGAGGCAGCUGCCACUUUGUUUGCUAUGUCUUCCAGUGUACAGACGAAUCACUGGUGGAUGAGAUCAUGCUGACUUUGAAGCAGGCAUUCACUGUGGCAGCCCUGCAGCAGAAUACAAAGACCCAGAGCCAGCAGUGUGACAGCUGCCCCAUGCAGCAGCUCCACAAACUGUGUGAGCGGAUAGAAGGUCUACACCCAUAUAAAACCAAACUGGAGCUUCAGAGACACUUGGCGACUCUGGAUAAUCAGGAGCAAGCAUCAGUCUUUGAAAAUACUAUGAGGGCUCGUCCUAAGUCUGAUCAGGAAGAGAAUGAGUUGGUAAUGGCCUCACUGAGGAAUCUGUAUGAGGAGAGACAGAGGAGCCAUCAGCACACACUGCCUGGAGACAGCAAACAAGUGUGUGAGGAGGCAGCUCCAGCCCCUGUGGAGGCACAGCAGCAGAGUAGCAGCCGGCAGCGACUUGAGCAGUUCAAGAGCCGAGCCAAGCGCUCUCUCACUGAGUCUUUGGAGGGCAUCUGGAAGGGGAGCAGCAAGGCCAGAGCUCAGAGGGACAACAGUGAAGGAAGUGACAGCAGCUCUUCCAUCUGUACUAUAAACAGCAGCCAGGACCAGCCCUGCUUAGAUAACCCCUUGCCUGCCUCCUCCCAGCAACGACCCACCAGCCCACUCAGGUGCCACAACUCAACAGGAGACCUGAAGCGUCUUGACACCUCCCUCCCCCUGUCUCCCUCCUCUUCCUCUUUAUCCAGUGAUGCUCAGCCACAGGGCUUCCGUCGACGGGCCAGCACCUUCAGCCACCCUCCCACCCCCUCAUCAGUACUUGAUUACUCACCGGUGCACACCCUAAUUCAAGCUCCAAAGGAUCCCACUGCCGCUACCAAGCCCAAGCUCGUACGACACUACUCCGUCAGCACCGACACGCCACACCAGAGCAAACAUGCCCCAACUGACUUCACCCUUCCUCCUGUUCCUCCCUGCCCUUCAUCCCCCUCUCCUCUGCUCCCUCAUCAUCCUACCUCCCCUUCCUCUGGAGCCCGGCUCAAUAAAAGAAGUCCUCUGGUUGGUCUGCGUGCUCGUCUCCAUUCCUCCUCCUCUGUCCCUAAUUUUCUGAAAUUUCAAUUUCUGGCCCCUGUCCAAGAGAAUGAUUGUCCUCAGCCAAAGAGCAGUGAUGUGGCGGCUCUCUCUACACCAAGUGCAGUAUAUGGGGCAGAGGAAAGCCCACUGCGCAGUCACCGCCACUCAUGGAGGCAGCAGAUCUUCCUAAGGGUCGCUACACCUCAGAAGAACACAGACACCAAUGACCGGGGGGAUACCUGUCUAGAGGGGGGUCGAGUGUGCGUGGGCCAGGUGGGAGUUGGAGGAAGUGGAGAGACGUCCAUGAGGGCGGUGCCUGAGGAGAGGACAAAAAGGAGCAAAGAGGAACUGAGGGAGCUGUGGAGGAAGGCCAUCCUGCAGCAAAUCCUACUGCAGAGGAUGGAGAGGGAAAACCAGAAACUGCAGGCCUCAGAGAGCGACCUGCAGAACAAGCGUCUGAAACUAGACUACGAGGAGAUCACUCCAUGUCUCAAGGAGGUCACUCUGGUGUGGGAGAAGAUGCUGGGAACUCCCGGGAGAGCAAAGGUCAAAUUUGAAAAAGAGACUAUACAUGCUGCUGUGGCACAAGGUGUCCCGAGGCAGCAUCGAGGCGAGAUUUGGAAGUUUCUCUCUGAACAGUACCUGCUCAGGCAGACGGUCCCCUCCCGACCCCCUGCCAAUCACACUCCAUACAAAGACCUGUUGAAACAGCUCACCUCGCAACAGCACGCCAUCCUCAUAGACCUGGGUCGCACUUUUCCCACUCAUCCAUAUUUCCAAGCCCAGCUGGGGGCAGGACAGCUGUCUCUGUAUAAUUUACUAAAAGCCUACUCACUGCUGGACCCUGAGGUGGGCUACUGCCAGGGGCUGUCUUUCAUUGCGGGAGUUCUGCUGUUACACAUGGGAGAAGAGGAUGCCUUCAACAUGCUCAAAUUUCUAAUGUAUGACGUCGGGCUCCGCAAACAGUACAGGCCUGACAUGAUUAUCUUGCAGAUUCAGAUGUACCAGUUGUCACGGCUGCUCCAUGACUACCACAGGGAUCUUUACAGCCACCUAGAGCAGCAAGAGAUCGGACCCAGUUUAUACGCCACCCCCUGGUUCCUCACCGCCUUCGCGUCACACUUCCCCCUCGGAUUUGUGGCCAGAGUCUUUGAUAUGUUGUUCCUCCAGGGGUCAGAGGUCAUCUUCAAGGUGGCCUUGAGCCUGCUGGGGAGCCACAAGCCUCUGAUCCUGCAGCAUGACAGCCUGGAGUCCAUCGUGGACUUCAUCAAGACCACCCUGCCCAACCUGGGCCUGGUGCAGAUGGAGAAAACCAUCAACCAGGUCAAAGUCUGUGCAACGGCAGCAGCUCUGGACAGACCACAAUAUUUGUGGCUGUAAGUCGGAGUGCAGGAGAGCAGAGCGGAGAUGGAAGAAGUCAGGUCUCCAAGUACAUCAUGAAUAUAUGAAGGAGUUAAUACUCCACUACAAUAAGAUGGUAGCAUAAGCAUAACCCCACAUUUUUAUUCAGAACUGUCCCCUCCGUACCCUCCUUGUGCCCCUGCUGAAAGCGAUGCUGACUGUGAGAUUUUCUUUAGCCUACUUCACUGACAAGGUAGAGUCCAUCAGAGCUUCUACACCUUAUGGUAGACAUUGCAGUGUUUAUCAAUCACCCAACAACACCUUAAACCACUUCUCUCCCAUUUCCAUUUCCGAGGUUUUAGAAAUAGUAUCUCAAAUGAAUGUGUCUUCCAGUCCACUUAAUGUAAUAGCAACAUGAUCAUUUAAUCUAUUGGGCCCUGUCUGCUGUCAGUUUUUAACAGUUCCUUAUCUAAUGGUUAUGUUGCAGAUUAUUUCAAAACUGCUUGUGUACAAGCUCUUUUUAAAAAAACCUGGACUGGAUCCUACCCUUCCCGAGAACUAUAGACCAAUCUCAAAGCUUCCUUCUAUGUCAAAAAUUUUAGAAAAACAUGUAUCCCAGCAAUUGCUUUUAACAGCAAAAGACAAUAAUAUUUAUUAGAAAUUUCAUUCUGGCGUUGGCAAACAUGAUAGCACUGAGACCGCCCUUCUCAGGGUGACUAAUGACAUUCUAAUGACCGCAGAUGACGGGAUGUGUUGAGUCCUUUUUCUUCUGGACCUUAGAGCUGCCUUUGAUACUGUCGAUCACAGCAUCCUGUUAAACAGGCUGACGCACUGGGUAGGAAUAUCUUGCACAGCCUGAGAAUCGUUCACUUCAUACCUGUCAAAUGGGAGGUUCUGCUUCUCUAUUAAUGGCUACAUGUCACCUUUUUGGUCCUGUUAAGCAUGGUGUCCCACAGAGGUCAGUUUUGGACCUAUUUUAUUUUCCGUGUACAUGCUUCCCCUUGGACAAAUUAUUAAUAGACGUGGGAUUUCCUUUUAUUGCUAUGCCGAUGACACACAGAUAUACCUGACCUUUAGAGCCACCAAUCCUGGAGGGCUGACUUCGCUACGUGACUGCCUUUGUGAUGUCAAAAGCUGGAUGUCUAAAAGCUUUCUUCAGCUUAACUCAGGGCAAGACAGAGAUUGCUGUAAUUGGUUCCCAGCACAUAGCUAAACAAAUCCUGACAUCUGCGGGUUCCCUGUUGGAACACAUUAAUCCUGAUGCAAAGAAUCUUGGCUUUUGGUUUGACAGUAACUUAAUUUUUGAGCAGCACACAACACAACUUGUGCAGUCUUGUUUUUAUCAUCUAAGAUAUAUCGCCAAAGUACAAUCUAUUAUAUCUUUUAAAAACACAGAGACUAUUUUACAUGCCUUUAUCUCCUCAUGCCAUAAUUGCUGCAACAGCCUCUUCACUUGCCUCAACCAAAAGUCUAUUAAUAGGCUCCAGACUGUACAGAACUGAGCCACCAGACAUUUAACAAGAUCCAAGAGAAGUGACCACAUGACGCCUGUUUUAGCCUCCUUGCACUGGCCCAGUAUGUUUUAGAAUUGAUUUUAAGAUCUCACUAUUGACUUUUAAAUAUCUUCAUGUCCUUGCCUUUCUUAUAUAUCUGACCUCUUAGUUGCAUAUGAAACACUUUGUAGCCUGAGAUCCUUGGGCAGAGGUCUUUUAGUUGUUGGUGAGACAAGGUUGAAAACUAAAGGUGACAGAUAAUUUGUGGUCAGAGCCCAAAACUCUGGAACGAGCUGCCUGUGGAAAUCAGGUCAGCAGAAUCAGCGACAUCUUUUAAAUCUCUUUUUAAAACAUACUUUUAUCAAAUAGCUUUUCCUGAUUUUACUUAAUUUUACUGAGUGCCCAGAUUACUUAAAAAAUGUUAAGCCUCAGGCCCAAACCAAGGUUACCCUGAUGACAUCAUCUUGGUUAUUUCCUCAAACUGUGGAAAGCUGUCAUUAUACAACCAAAGUCUAAGUUGCCAUAGACUAAGUGGAGCUUAUUGUGAUGAGUAAACUGAACUUCAUGGUCAAUUGUUUCAUCUUUGCCGUAUUAGCUGUUAGCCAUUCCUGUUUGCGAUACACCCCUGAAUGUAUAGACAAUGCUAACUUGAUUACUUUGAUACUGAAGAACACCUAAAAACAUGAUGAUUCUCGGGCAAGUUCUGCUGCUUAUUCUAUGAUUUCUAAGCUGAUUUUUGGACGUUUAUUCCUGUUGAACAUUGGAGAUAAUGAGAUCAUUGGAAAACGUAAGUCACUCUGGAUCUAAAACUAUGUUCAUCAUCUCUCUGUUUUCAUAUUUGACAGAAUUAUAACUUCGAUAAGGAGGAUGAUUUUUAAUGCAAAUUGCCUCUCACGGAACCCUCUGGUAUAGAAAAAUAAGCUAAAUCAGGCAUUGGCUAAAUCAGGCAUACAGUUCUUGUAAGUGGAUUACUUCAUUGUUGAUUUUUUCUUUUCAUGGGAAUUUUUUAACAGUAAAACAAAUACAGAAUAUCACCAUACUCAUCAUUUUACCCAGUAUCACAUACAGCAACGUUUACUAUCUCCUGUCAACUUAACGGGAGGUUGAAUGAAUUUGCAUAGGUUAGGUAGCUAGUGGUUCAGUGGCUCAAAAACCUUUUAAACUUGUCUGAUUUAUAUAUGUGUGUAAAUACAUGAGGUGUUGUUUUUGUGCUAGUACUAAGUGUACUCAUGAAACUAUUUCAGGUCCCUCGUUUUACUAAACGUGUUUUAUCACAAGAUCUGAUUUUACAACUGAUGGCAGAAAAUCUUGAUUGCUUUGUAAAUAAACAAAAUGGAGAACGAUAUUCUGCUUGAGGGACAGAGGCUAACAGUGUGAGCCACAUCCUCUCCUUAUAACAGAGAUAAAUGCAGCUGAUGGGUGGAGUGUCACUCAAGUUAUUUAACCUCACCUCAUGCGUCAGUAUUUGUGGUGGGAAAAAAAACAAUAGAACAACUGCCUGUUUAUAACAGGUGCACGUGUUGAAUGACUCCAGUAACCAACAAAGUCAUGAUCAGACUGCCUUUUGUCAUAUUGUUUCCAUGAGUCAGUCUCAUGUAAACUUAUGUCAUCAGAAUGUCAUUUAAAAUGGUGUUUAACUUGGUGGUAAUGUAGAAUGUCAGUUGUUGUGAGAUGGGAGGACCUGACAAGCAUCGGUGAUGAGCCAAACACAUGUACAGAGAUCUUAUCAAGGUACGCCAUAGUUUAGAUGGCAUGCAUUUACCUUAUAAUUUGCACGAGAUAGAAAAAGGGUGUUGAGUCAUGCUCUAGCUUGCUGGUACUUUCCCUCCGGUGCAACUUAUCCACAUCAGGUUGUCUUUACGUUAACUGUGGUGUGACUCACAGCUUUAGCACAAA